GCGUGCCUUACUUCGAAGGAGAAAUCGUUCACCGAGGCCGCCUAUUCAAGCCUACAAUAUAAAACCCUUACCUUUUGCCUCUUUCAAUUUCAAAAUACGAAUUAGUCGUUUACAGCUGGAUUCUCUUUUCGACAAUUCUUCUGCACUCGAGUCUGCUCUGAGUAUCCUCCUGUCCUUUCUCGUCUCCGUGACUGGCUAUCUCCUACUACGGACUGGCUCGUUUCAGAACAUUAGCGUGCUCGUCUGCUGCUUCACCAUCGCUGGCUGCCACUAUUCGCUCAUCAAAAGUGUCCAACCCGAUGCCGCCUCACCGUUGCAUGGUUUCAACCGCAUCAUCCUCUACUCGCGCGCCAGUUGCUUUUGUGGCCUGGCUGUUCUUUACUUGCUCACCGCGACCACGCUGUCUCCCGUCCCUUUGCUAAAUUCAGCCCAGCCACUGGUUUUACGCCCUGCCACUGUGAACGCCGGCGAAUUGGGCGUCAUCAACGAUCACAUCUACUUCUCUUCCGACCAGCCCCUUCUACCUCUUUUGGGUGCGAUACCAGUCACUCUCCCACUUCCUCAUCGUCUUUUGCCUACUCCUCCUCUGCUUCAGUUGCCAAAAGAGAGAAGUACAUCCAUACCCACAAACAUCGACACACUGUUACUCUUUGGUUCCCCGUGGUCAAUGAGACGUCUUCAAUCCAUGGUUCGGUCCAUUUCGUUUUGCUUGCUGUUGCUAUACCCACUGUUGUUUCCAUUAGGCUUGAUUCCUCAGCUUGAUACCGCAUUUACUUACCUGUUGGAACAGUUGGACAUCCAUGUGUUUGGUGGAAGCGGAUCGGCCGGGUUGGUGUCGGUUGCCUUCUCCCUGUUUCGUAACGUGUUUGUCGUGUCUGCGACCUUCUGGUUUUGUUACACUGCUGUUAAGGUUGGAAGUCCGCGUGAUCUCCGGUGUUCCUUAUUUUGGGGUGUCUACUUACCCUCUUGCUACCUACUCAGCCGACUCCCCUCGGACUUCCACCUUUACACUGCUUUGCUCCCUUCCCGUGCACAAUGUGCUCUUUGGCGGUCCCGUGCGCAUACCUGUUUGCUUCGUCUCUUCCACUCCUGUGCUACUGUUUUCGCUCCAAAGAAACUCAAUCAGCCUCGACUCCGCAGUGUGCACGCGCUCUCACACGGCCUCUGCUUGGCCAGUCACAAGUUAGAUGGAAAAUCGCCAGUACAUUCCGCAUGGCGUUAUUUGCUCCAUUUUCUACCAGAAACGAAUAAGAAAUGCUCCUUAAGGACCGCACCCAUUGUGGCGAACCGCACUGUGCCCGCACUUCCCAAUCGAGCCUCUACAGAUCCGAUGCAUGCUGCCACCGCAGCCUCAUCAGGAAGGAGAUGUAUAUCAUCUCCUGCUCUACUAAAUGAAUUUCUCGAUCCGACUAGCUCAUCUUCGGGGGCGAAAUUCAUUCUGCGUGCCACCUCCACUGAGCUCAUUCCCGAACUACACCAACGCGGGACUACUUCGUCUAAAACACCCCCAGUUUUCAACUCUUUGAAGCCACUGAAAAUGAUCCCAGAUACUAAGAACUUGGUUAGUCGAUCCAACUCUCCGGUCAGUGCACAACCAGACAAGUUGCCCUGUGGUCGGCGGUUCAAAUCAAUCCCCUGCGGCUCUCACGAGCGGCAUUCACAACAAAGUUCCGUUCAAGUUGUGCCUGAGGAAACGGAGAUGACUACCAAGCUCGCUUUCCACCAACGCGGCCGCACUGCUCAAUCCACUUCCACGGGGAGUGAACUGAGCACGGCUUGGAAAGAGAACAAAAUCCCGCAACAUCAAAAUGACCCGCUUCCUAAACUAAUGUGUGAUGCUAUGCUUCGCAGGUUGGAAAACGACCUUAUAUGCUGUUGUGCAUCGGGGUUGGCAAUUUUUGCUUUUCACUGCAGCCCACUGCUUGAUAUUGCAAUGUAUCAACCGUACAUUUGUCGGAUCACCAUUUGGACUACUGUGUUGUGCGGGGCAUUUCUUCACUACGUUGUGCCAAACUUACGAAAGUCAUAUCCUUGGUUGUGUCUUGGUCACCCCGCCAUCACUACGGAUCCCGGUGGAGAAUUGGUCAAAUGGGAAACAGGUUACGUCUGGUUUUGUUGGGUGGAACGUAACAUAUUGCUUCCUGUCAUCACCGUAGUGACCGUCACCAGCGCGAUGGCCCCUCUUCGUUCCAAAUUUGGACUUCAUUGGGCCACUAUUAUUAUCCUGAUCACCAGCAUGAAAAUGUUACGCAAUGGAUUCUCUGCUGCUGGCCGCGUGUUUCUGACGCUCUUUUUCACCGAAUUAUUCUUCAUUUUCGACUUUAACUAUGCAUCAGAAGCCUUCCCUCUCAAUUAUUUUCUAAUGUCAAUUCUCGUACCCCGAUUCAUCGAACUUGUUCUCAAACUACAUUUCGUCUACAUCUACACGGCCCCAUUCAGGAUCACUUGGGGCUCUGUCACACACGCGUUAGUCCAAAUCGCCUCAAUUCCACAUAUGCUGUUCGUUUUGGCCAACUGCUUUCUCUCCACUGUGUUGUCCUCGCCACUGGAACCUCUCCUGGCCAGCGCUGUGUUCAUCACUUCUUACGCGCGACCGAUCAAAUUUUGGGAGGUCACUCAUCAGACAGAACGUAUGGAGACAACCAAUACUGCAUUGGCAGCUCAGAUGCACGGUUUGUCAGAAAAACAUGUCAUGCUCAAUCUGAAUGCAAUCUUCUACGAGCGUCUUACUCGUAGCCUGCAGUUGGCCCUUGCCGGCGACAUCCAACUGGGCCGUUUGGGUGGACUCACAAUCAGUCACGGGGAUGUCUUCAUACUUGGCUCGGAGGAUCUUAAUUUUGUCAUACAUAUUAUUGAGGUGGGGAAUGGCAUUGUAUCAUUUCAACUCCGUGGCCUUGAAUUCAUGGGCACAUAUUGCCACGAACAUGAAACUGAAGCCCUGCGUUCCUCCACUCACAAUGAUAACGGGUGUUGUUGCUGCAAUCCAGGCCACCUGCCAGGAAUGCUCAGCCUAAACGCGGCUCUUCUCAUGCGCUGCAUAACUUGGCAAUUUGUGUCCAGCUCCUACAGUGUAGAUGGAUAUCGGAUGACCAAUCAUAGCGCGGACACUAUCGUGCGUUUGAAUGAUUUACGCAGAAUUCUGGUCAACCGUUUCAUUCAGUGCAUAAUCUACUACGUCUCGUUGCUUCCUGAACUUCCUAAACGUUUGGAGCACCUCGCCCCGUAUCUUAAUUCCAACAAUUUCUCUGAAGCAUCUCAUUUUGACUUAGAUCCUGUGUUCUUGAAGUCGAUCGACGAGGACUUUGAUGAACAAUUCAAUGGAGUAACAAGACAUCGAUUCGUCCAGAUCUAUUCAGCUUGGAUCCGCUAUUGUGUCUCGAGAAAACAUGAAUACCAGAGCACUGUCUCCUGUGAUCCAGAGUCGCCAAUGGUGACACUGUGCUACGCGUUGUGUCUUCUCGGACGUCGAUGCAUGGGAGGCACCCAAGUAGCAAACUACGAUGUUGAUCAGGUGCUCCGUGGCAUUCAUGACGUUUUCAAAGGAGACAUCAAAGUCAUGACUAAGGACGAAUGGGUGCUGGUCGAUUUGGAUUUGCUGCAAUCUGUAGUCACACCGGCCAUGCGUGUCGCUUUGAAAUUGUAUCAGGAUUAUUUUCUAUGGGCAUCUGACUUCGCACACAGUGCGCUGUAUCGCAAGAUUGUACAUACAGAACGCAAUUUUGUGAUUUGCCAUGAAACUGAUCCGACUUGGCGUUUCGCCAUUCUCAAUGACGCCCCAUCCUUAUUCUCUAUCCGCUGGGUCGGAGCGAAUACGGAUGACAUGUACAGAUUUAUUCAGCUGACUAAAAGCAAACUUCAAUUUUGCGCUGUUAAGAUCAACCCGGAAUGCGUUCGUGGUCUUUGGGCUGGCCAGCAGCGUGAGCAGAUUUUCGUACGAAACACCAACCCAGAGCGUGGAAGUAUUCAAGGCGCGCAACAUGUAUUACGUAACUUAGUCAAUUCCAGCUGUGAUCCCCCAAUCGGUUAUCCCAUCUAUGUGAGCCCCAUUCUCACCAGUUUUACGGGUACAAGUACACAGUUCAGUCAAGUGGCUGGACCGGAAUUAUCAUUCAGAAAUCUUGCCUACUUCAUUCGAUUAGCCUUUAGACGCAUUUACUCCCGAUUUUGUCGUGGUACUCAUCCAAGUCCAUCUACAGAUAUCCCCGAGAAUGCUGUCGAAGUGACCCAACGCAGUCGUUUAGGAUCUGCACAAAACACUCCUCAAUCACGAAAGAAACGUCUCAGCGCUGGUCGAGACCAUCAACUUUCGGCAUUGACAAAUGAGCUUGAUGCCUAUCGUUGGCCGAUCUUCACUGAUUCUAGCGAGUCUGUUCGACUUGAAAUCGAAAAGUGCCAUCACUCCGCACAUCUAACAACGCUCUGUGCACUUGUUCACAAUCAUGGGGAUUCGAGCGUCCCACCACGUGAUACAGGGACCGCAUCUUCUACCCGACGGGUCCGAAUCGUGGAUCCAAAGCAAAUUUUGAACAGCCACACUAACAAGUUAACGUGGCCCUCAGAUGAAUGGCGGCUGAAAUGCCUACCACAGUCGGCUUGUCUCUCCUCCGUGUUUCCUGGUAUCGAAGGACAAUGUCUUCACCGCUGGACUCCAAGCAAUCCGAACCCUGCCGCUCGAUCCUUUUGCCAUCGAACCAUUGCGUUAAUCGCGUUUCCAGGCGGCCCUCCUCUGCUGGAUGGACAUUACAUUGCCAUCUGGGAAGACGAAGGAUUGCAGGAUACCAGUCAAACAGUGGACUGUACUCAUGUGUCCCCAAUGAGUCGUGAUUUGUUUGCCGUGAACGAAACAGCCUCCGAGUACUCGCCCUUGAACUCACCCAUCUCUGCUCCUUCUGCAGCCACAUUCGAUUCGUAGCCAUUCACUCCACCCACAUGAGUUUUACGACUACCUCAUCGGGACGUACGCGAAACAGCUCUCUGUAUAUGCAGCCACUACAUACACCGAUGUGACCGCAGAUUUCGCCCCGUCUACUUCUCUUUCCUGACAGAUUCUUAUUAUGCGACUGUUUCGUUUUUGUGCAUAUGCUGCAAGACGGUAACCGACCACAAACAGCUUUUUCUACAAUGUCACCGAAUCCUUAUACCGUCUCCGUACUUUUUCCACAGCAAACGUUAUGUACAGGCAUAUGCUCAGCUGAUGUAAAUGGCUUUUUAUCACGCGGUUAU